GGAGGAGGAGGAGGGAUGGAGGAGAACGAGCAGCUGCGGCGCCAGAUCCGCCUGCUGCAAGGGCUUAUCGAUGACCAUAAAAAUGUCCAUGGGAAUGCACCAGCAGCCUCCCAGCCUGCUCCAACACCCAGGUGGAGGAAUCCCCGGCCUCCUUCUUUUAGCAGCCAAACUGUUUUCUCUGCUAGGUAUUCCCAGCAAGCCCAAAGGGAUUUUCAGCCUCACCAGCAUAAUGCCUGGAGGAAGAAAUACUCUCUUGUCAAUGUACCACCUCGACCCCUGCUCAAUCCUGGUGGCAGCGUUUCAGCCAGCGAUUCUCAGACUGUCCCAAGCUACGGGACCAGCGAAGCAGUUGAGCCACGGCCAGUGCUUUCAGAAAGAAGAGUGGGCGUGGCUACAGAUGGUAACAUAACUGUUGGGUUGCAGACAAGCUCAGUCGUAAGAACUGUUGCUAUCCCUUCAUCCCAGGGUGGCUCCUCUGAAGCAGCAGAGGGCCCUUCUACUUCCAGGAUCUCUGCUUUGACUCCACGUGUUGCCUCAAAAGAGAGCAAACAAAAGCAUCUCUCAGCCGUGCCGCACUUGUUGCAAACCCGGACUGUUGCUAGGGGUAGGGAUGACUCUCUUUCGGUGUCUUUCAAGGGGUCUGCGCCCUCGCGAGUAGUUCAGGGUGCAUCAUCUGACUUGGCCCCGGAUUUGGGGAGGACGAUCAGUGAGCGGGCCAUUGCAUUGAAAACUGAGCCUCAGCAGCCGCUGACCUUGCCUGCUCGUGAAUUGGGGUGCCUUUCCGCAAAGAAGAAACCAGCAUUGCAGGUGCCUGUUUGGCACACUCCGCAACAGGUCCCUGUGGCAAUCAGCAAACUGAACCCAGUGCGGAAGACUGAGGCACCCAGUUUGCGUGCUAGUUCAGCUCGGGAAGCUUCUUCACCAGGUGGAAUGAGCCUCUCUAAGGACAAAUUUUCAGCACCUGCUCUCCAGACAGCCCCUACCUUGCCAGCCUCCACCAAAUCUCCCAAGUUCAGGAAAACCAACUACACCUGGGUAGCCAACCCAGGUAAAUGUCUCCGUGCUUCAAAAAGAUGGUCUGCUUCCAGAGCCUCUGAAAGCAGCCAGAAGCUUGCCGUUGGGGCAGAGAGACCCUCCAAGUCAGUACCGAGGGGGGACUUGGGAGCAAAGCAAAAGAAGUCCAGCCCGCAUUCGAAGUUGGGGGUGUCUUCCAGCAAGUACAAGUGGAAGGCAUCCAGCCUCCGGCUUUCUCCCUCCACAUCUGCUUCGGCAUUUACGUGGCACUGCGAAGCACGUGGUGGGCCUGGCGCCCCCCACUUCUCAGGAGCCAGUUCUUCCCUUCCAUCUGUGAGCCGAGUGCCCCUUGGUCAUGGCGGUCUGAAACCAACCUUGGGGAAUACCAGCUUUCUAAAUUACAAGUUGAAGAGCCGGACCAAAAUCAUCAGAAGGAAGGGAAGUUCCAGCUCUCCUGCCGAGAAGAAGAGCCCCCCCUUCUCUACCUUGCUUCUGAAAAGCCGUUACUGUCUCAGGAAAAGGAACUCCCCCCGGGGAAAGUCCCCCUCUCCCGCCGCCAGGAAGGCUGGUGCCAAGGGCCUGGUCCAAAUCGGCAAGCACAGGCUCCGCAGGCUGCCGGCGUCCAGGUGCCAAGUCGCUGCCAAAGAAGGCUCCAGCUUCCUCCGCUUCACGAGCCCGCCAGCCAAUAAAGUGGUCAACACUCGCUACAGGAUAGUGAAGAGGGCUGCGACCGCUCCUUUGGGAGCCACAGCAUCGUUGGGCAGCCCUGCUCUCGUCUGGAAAGCCAGGCGGCUCUCGGCAUCCCGAUCUCUAGUACUGAAUCGUACCCGCCAGUCACCGCCGGGGAGCAAGUCCCCUGCUCUGCAGCAGCGAUGGAGGAGCAAAGGCCUGCGCUGGAUCGGAGGCAUCAUGUACCGGGUGUCGGCAAACAAGCUCGCCAAAACCUCCAGCUCUCCGGACAGGGGCAGUGAACCGGCCAGCAGGACCCCUGGCCGAGCAGCGCGACUAGAUUUUGCACACAGCAGCCCUGGCUAUACUCCACCCGGGUGCCCCAGCCGGUCGGCCACCAGCCGAUACAUCGCAAGCCGAGCCGUCCAGCGCAGCUUGGCCAUCAUUCGGCAGGCCAAGCAGAAGAAGGAGAAGAAGAAAGAGUACUGCAUGUAUUACAACCGCUUUGGCAAAUGCAACCGUGGCGAGAGCUGCCCCUACAUCCACGAUCCGGAAAAAGUGGCCGUCUGCACGAGGUUUCUUCGGGGCACUUGCAAGAAGACCGAUGGGACGUGUCCAUUUUCGCACAAAGUUUCGAAAGACAAGAUGCCAGUUUGCUCCUAUUUCCUGAAAGGGAUCUGCAACAAUAGUGAUUGUCCAUACAGCCACGUCUACGUCUCCAGGAAAGCAGAAGUGUGCUCAGAUUUCCUCAAGGGCUACUGUCCACUGGGAGAGAAGUGCAAGAAGAAACACACCCUGGUGUGUCCGGACUUCUCCAAGAAUGGCGUCUGUCCCAAAGGGGCCCAGUGCAAACUGCAGCACCCUCGGCGGAAGCGCCGCACCCAGCAGCCCGGUCCCCCAGACUCUUGCCAACCUGAGUGCUCAACGCCGAAGUGGGCACACCUGAAGAAGCAGAGAGUUGGGAAAGAGGAGGAAAUUGCUGGGCCUUCGGGCACAGAGCAGAAGGGGAGCGCCUGGAGCCGCCAGGCCCUCCCACAGACCAGCAAACUAAGCAAGCUGCCCUCCUUCAUCUCUCUCCAAUCGCCUUCCACCUCUCCAAUGGAGGAAGACCGUAAGCCGGAGCGAGAGAAGCCCAGGGAAGAAGCAGGCUGUGGCGUGGGCAGACGAAAGGCUUCCGUCGCUCCGGUAAUCGUCCGCAGGUGCACACCUGGGCGCCCCACCUUGCACGCACGCUGGUGUCGUUCCGGGACCCUCCCAGCCAGUGCCCUCACUCUGUGA